AUGGAGACUCAAGUGAUAGUUUCCCUGGUAGACUUGAAUGGCGAUCGCUCGAUCCCUAAUCGUACUAUUACCUUGAACCACAAGAACAACUCGGUCCCAAUCGGUAGAGCUUCGAAAACCGUAAACAAGGGCAUACUUGCUGCUGCCGAUAAUGCGUGGUUUGAUAGCCCAGUCGUGUCCCGUAACCACGCAAAAUUAAAGCUGGACUUCGAUAGCAAGAAGCUCACCAUCGAAGACAUCGGCUCUAUGCAUGGGACCUUUCUGAACCACAAGCAGCUCCUAAGUGACGACCCAACAGUCAUCAAUAAUGGCGAUGAUCUUGUCUUUGGUACUGAAGUCAAACGUGGUCCAGAGACCUUCUCAGCUUGUAGUUUCCGAGUGUAUUACAUUACUGCACCUUACAAGGCACCAAAUACCUUUACAUUCCCCGACUCUUCAGACCUUGAAGACGAAGUCGAGGAAGUCGAGGGUUCUCGUGAUCAAUCCAAGGAAGAAGAUACUGAGAUGCAAGCGCGGGAGCGCCAAUACAGCAGUGAAGAUGGGGUCUCGAUCAAAACACCUCCCCCCACGUGCUCCCAGCUUAGCGCCACCAUUGACCUCACUUCUGAUGACCAUCCCCAGUGUGGUCUUUCCAACAGCAUAGAUCUAACCGGGGAGAUGGAACCAGUAAAGAACAUGCCGUUUUCCACGCUUGCUCGCUCGACGGCUGCUCGCUCCACUGAUAUUAACGAAAAUGCGAAUGAGAUAAGAAUGUAUGCUGGGAGCCCAUCGAUCAAAUGCGGUUCCAGCGACGAGAGUGCCGGAUCUUCUUCUGACUAUCAGUUCGAAGAAAAUAAGUCAAGAGCUUCCGACCUAGAAACUGGCAUGCAAGCUGUCUUCAAGGAUGAUACCGACGAUGUUGAUGAUUCUGAGAACGGAGCUUCGAUCGACGGUUCCGACGUAGAGAGCGAGACCGGGUCAAUCGAGGAAUCGAUGCCGGGUAUCGCUUCGCCUGCACCAACCUCAAUCAACAAUCUCGUCCGGUAUGUCGUCGCAACCGAUAAUGAUGCAAUUACCCACUUGUCGGACGUCCGCACCCGCGUUGAUGAGCUGCCAGUCCAUGACGAUGAUGAUGAGGAUGAGGAUGCAAGCGAGUUUGGGUUGAGUGAGACCAGCGGAGAAAUCAUGAGAGCUCUCUGCGACGAGAAUCCUCCCAGCGCUAGCCAGGAUUCUCCUGGUAGGGAAGUCGAAGACGAUGGUGAUGAUGAGAGUGAAUUUGACCCGCCUUCGCCCCGCAAAGUAUUUCCUACGACAUUUGCGAUAGAGCCCGCUGAAAUCCCCCUUCCUUCAACAAUCCAACCAAGCAAGAUUGAGACCAAGAACUUGCUCGGUCAGCCCGGCCUAGCUGCUCGACAACCUAGCCCAUCCGAUGCGGCAAUGGUUAAGAGUGCAGCCCCUCUACCAUCAAGUCGUGUCAGCGUAUGCGAUCUGAGCGAUGAGUCUGAACAGAACUCGCGGUUCCUCGGGGAAAAGAGCGGGAAACCUGCAUUUUUUGCCGCGAGGGAGGUCAACAAGGCCAAGGCGAAUUUGGGUCACUUUACUUGGACGACCGCCCCACCCCCUGCGGUCUCUGCAGCGAACCAAACCAUCGAUGCUUUCCUUGGAGAAAUGAGAGCGCAUAAAUUUGAAGGCCAAUAUGGUUCACUUACUAACCCGUUCGGCAGAUGGGGAAACCAUAUGCUCGAACUGUCAAAAUUCGCCGCUGCUAAGUCCGACUCCUCUGCUGCGGGGCGGCCAGAACCCAUGUCUGUUUCGAGUCUUCCCACCCGCGACUACUGCUCCUUCUUGGACAGACCAGACCAAUCCCCUAUUCCAGAGCGUCUUCCCAGUCCUCCAUCGCUGGACAUGACAAGCUCCCAUGUUUACAACACGAGCAAGAUCUCCCAGGUGUCUUCUUCAGAGCCAAAACAAAACCCACGUUCGGCAAUCAAGAUUCCGGACAUCAUCGACAGCGCCUCGCCUUUCCUCCGAGUCAACAACCUUAAGCGAAAGUCUGACAACUUGUCCAAUGUUACGGACGAGGAACUUAGGAAUUGGGCCAAGUCAAAUGUUUCAGACGUCGCUCCGGGUAGUGGCGCUCCGCUUUCACAACCAGCCGAUGGCGGAGAGGUUUCCGAGAGUGCUCUAGCAACAUCUGAUGCUCCCGAGCCUCGGCCCACGAAGCGGUUCAAGAAGCUGCUGGAGAAUGUAGGCUACGUUGCUCUUGGAGGAGCUACCCUUUUCGCAGCACUCGUUGCAACCGCCCCAGACCUGAUGUAA